CACAUGUCAUAAGGCGCGGACAAGCGCAUUUCGUGCUUCCUCGCCAUUCUACUCGCUCCUCUCAGAACCAUCUCUUUAGCGGCAAUACUCAAGAUAUGUCUUCUGAAGCUCAAUUAAGGCAUGCCACAAAAGAAGAUGUGCCCGUGAUCCUCAGUCUCAUCAAUGAGCUAGCAGCAUAUGAAAAUGCUUUGAACGAGGUCAAAGCCACGGAAGAUAGUCUACUGGAAACUUUGGUGUUUGCACCUUUCAGUCAACAGUCAGAGAAACAAUCUUCCCCCACUCCACGGGCAGCAAGGGCUCUUCUAGUUGUUUCACCAGAGGGCGACGUCGCAGGAAUGGCACUGUACUUCUACAAUUAUAGUACUUGGCACGCUAAACCUGGAAUCUAUCUCGAGGACUUGUACGUCAGCCCAAAGUACAGGCGACACGGCUACGGGACUAUCCUUCUUAAAGCGUUAGCAAAGGAAGUUGUUGGUAUGGGUGGGAAGCGACUCGAGUGGUGGUGUCUCAAGUGGAACGAGCCAUCCUUAAAGUUUUACGAAGGCCUUGGUGCUACACAGAUGACCGACUGGAUUUCAUUGAGAGUGGACGGUGACAAACUGCUCGAACUUGCCAAUGAGGCCUAAUUAGAUCGCUGUUUGACUCGAUAAUGAAGCUGUCUAUCACGAAGAAAAAAAGUAUCUGUUGGCCCUGCCAGGCUCCACCGCACUACUCAA